AUGGCGUCGGAACGGUACGAGCUCAACAUGAGCAUGAAGUGUGUAAAGUAUAUGAUCUUCGUCAUCAGUAUUACGUUUGCGGUUGUGGCCGCAAUGCUGCUGUCGAUGGCCGUCGCCAUCGGCAAUCUGUUCGAUGAUUUCCAAAACUUCAUCGAUUCACACUUCUUCGUGCCGCCGAAUCUGCUCAUCGCGAUCGGCAUCAUCCUGCUGGUGAUCGCCCUGUUCGGGUGUGUCGGUGCGCUGAAGGAAAGCACAGCGAUGAUCAACAUUUAUGGUGCAUUGCUGCUGAUCGUGUUUGUGCUACAGCUGGCCGCUGCCAUCACGGCGUUUGUGCUGCGUGGUCAGGUAUCGAUGAUGGUGCGCCAAAAGAUCUUCGAUUCGAUGGGCGAUUACAAGCAGCAGGAUGGCUAUCGCAAUCCGAUCGACACGUUGCAGAACACGCUCGAAUGUUGCGGUGUCGAUGGAUUCAGUGACUGGGCCCAGUUCCUGCCGUCCGACGGUACGGUGAUGGAGUACCCGGAAACGUGCUGUGCGGCACCACCGGUUAAUGGGGAGUGUAUGCCACGCGAAUACGGCUGCUACUCGCGCCUCUCCUGGCUCAUCUCGCAGGGUUCGGUACUGAUCGCGACCGGUACGGUGGCAGUGGCCUUCGUCCAGGUGCUCGGUGCCGUCUGUGCGUUCAUGCUGGCCAGUGCGAUUCGUCGUGCGAAGACUCUGCGUGCUACCCGGCGCUGGCAUCUGCAGCAGAGCCUUGGCAUCAUGACCAAGCCGAUCGAGACGCAGUACACCGGGAUGGAAAAGUCGGAAGCUAACGUUGAUCCGGACAAGUAUCUGCCCACAAGCCCGAGCGUCAACUAAAAAUCUUCCUUAAUUUGUGUAAUGCGCUUCACGCGUUCGAGCUGCUGUUGCUGUUGUGUGCGACAUAAAUGACCGUGUUCGGUUAUUUGAAGAACGCACACAAGGAGCAACUUUUGAUUACUUUCAAUAAAUGUGAUGUUAAGAGUACCACCCCCCCAUAA